UUACCUCGCAACGCCUCCGAACCUGGUAUUAAAGCUCAGCUGUGCUCAGUGAAGGAGGUCAAGAGCAGCAUGGAAGGUGUGAAGUGCUGGUUCCACCAGGUGCUGAUGGCUCCUAGCAUCUUGUGCCUGUUAAUGUAGUUUAGUUGCUUGGAUGGGCUUUCUUCACAAAAGCAUCUUUCUCCUUUGAGUUGGUGCCCACUCAUCCUUUGGGAUGUAGUUUUUCUAGUCAGAACCCUGAAUAAAAACCUGUGUUUUUGUUGUGGAGAACGGGAUAACCAUAGCAAUGGAUGAUUACACAAAAAUAGAGAAGAUUGGGGAAGGUACCUAUGGUGUUGUGUAUAAAGGUCGGCACAAAACCACAGGCCAAGUGGUUGCAAUGAAGAAAAUACGUCUAGAAAGUGAGGAGGAAGGUGUUCCGAGUACUGCUAUCCGAGAAAUUUCUUUAUUAAAAGAGCUGCAUCAUCCCAAUAUAGUCUGUCUUCAGGAUGUUCUCAUGCAGGAUUCAAGAUUGUACCUCGUCUUUGAAUUCCUUUCCAUGGAUCUCAAGAAAUACUUGGAUACUAUUCCAUCUGGCCAGUAUUUGGAUCAUUCACGUGUUAAGAGUUACUUGUAUCAAAUCUUGCAAGGUAUUGUCUUCUGCCAUUCAAGAAGAGUUCUGCACAGAGACUUAAAACCUCAGAAUCUCUUAAUAGAUGACAAGGGGGUGAUUAAACUGGCGGACUUUGGAUUGGCUCGAGCCUUUGGAAUUCCAGUGCGGGUAUACACUCAUGAAGUAGUGACACUGUGGUACAGGUCUCCAGAGGUGUUGCUAGGUUCUGCUCGUUACUCUACUCCUGUGGAUAUAUGGAGCAUAGGUACCAUAUUUGCUGAGCUGGCAACUAAAAAGCCACUUUUCCAUGGGGACUCAGAGAUUGACCAGCUCUUCAGAAUCUUCAGAGCUUUAGGGACCCCCAACAACGAGGUAUGGCCUGAAGUGGAAUCCCUGCAAGACUAUAAAAACACGUUCCCCAAAUGGAAACCUGGCAGCCUUGGAACACAUGUCAAAAACUUAGAUGAAGAUGGACUUGAUCUGCUGUCUAAAAUGUUAAUUUAUGAUCCUGCAAAAAGAAUUUCUGGCAAAAUGGCCUUGAACCAUCCAUAUUUUGACAACUUGGACAAAUCCACUCUUCCUGCUUAUCUGAUUAAGAAAUGAUAGACCUUUGGACUAAAUCAACCAGAGUGAAAUAAUUGUUAUUACUUUUAUUAAGUUUGUCUGUCUGUAACUUUUAUAUCUGUCUUUCUGCUCUAAAACUGUGGCUGUGUUUUUAAUUUGUUUUGGUUUAAAUGUUAUCUAAGUGUAAAUAUUAACCUAUUAGUGCUGAGUUCAAAUACAAUGCAAAUAUUGCUGCCAUUAAUGCAGUGAACUUUGUAUAAAUAAAGCUUU